ACUCCAAAGUCUUCCUCAUCUACAACACGGGUGUGCAGGGCUGUCUGGAGACGAAGGACUCUCUGGUGAGACUUGCCAAGGGCUGCAACACCAGCACCCCAGCCCAGCAGUGGAAAUGGGUCUCACGAAAUCGCCUCUUCAACGUGGGGGCCAUGCAGUGCCUAGGAGUGUCAUGGCACGGGGCCAAUGCCACGGCAGGGCAGCACCCCUUGGCCACCUACGAGUGCGACCGUGAGUCUGUCAACAUGCGCUGGAGCUGCCGUGGCCUCGGGGAGCAGCUCUCGCAGCAUCUUGGUGCCCGCCCAGGCAAUUCCUCCCUGGACAGGGGGGACCAGGCGCGCGGCUCGCAGUGGAGGACGUACGGCACCGAGGAGGAUCUGUGCUCCGUGCCAUACUCUGAGAUUUACACCAUCCAAGGCAACUCCCAUGGGAAGCCGUGCACCAUCCCCUUCAAGUAUGACAACCAGUGGUUUCAUGAGUGCACCAGCACAGGGCGGGAGGACGGCCAUCUCUGGUGUGCCACCACCCAGGACUACGGCAAGGAUGAGCGAUGGGGCUUCUGCCCCAUAAAGAGCAACGACUGCGAGACCUUUUGGGACAAGGACCACCUCACCAACAGCUGCUACCAGUUCAAUUUCCAGUCGACGCUGUCAUGGCGGGAGGCCUGGAAUAGCUGCGAGCAGCAAGGGGCCAACCUGCUCAGCAUCACCGAGAUCCAUGAACAGACCUAUAUCAACGGGCUGCUGACAGGGUACAGCUCCACGCUCUGGAUUGGGCUCAACGACCUGGACAUCAAUGGAGGCUGGCAGUGGUCAGACAACUCGCCCCUCAAGUACCUCAACUGGGAGAGCGACCAGCCAGACAACCCCAGUGAGGAGAACUGCGGGGUGAUCCGCACUGAGUCGUCCGGGGGAUGGCAGAACCGCGACUGCGGCAUCGCCCUCCCCUACGUCUGCAAGAAGAAGCCCAAUGCCACCGCCGACCCCUUCCUGACGGACUCGUGGUCGGAGGUGAAGGUGGACUGCGAGCCCAGCUGGCAGCCCUUCCAGUCCAACUGCUACCGUCUGGUGGGAGAGAAGAAGAGCUGGCAGGAGGCGAAGAAGACCUGCCUGCGGAGCGGGGGGGACCUGGUCAGCAUCCACACCCUCUCCGAGCUGGAGUUUGUCACCAAGCAGAUCAAGCAAGAUGUGGAGGAGCUCUGGAUUGGCCUAAAUGACCUCAAGCUGCAGAUGAACUUUGAGUGGUCAGAUGGGACACCUGUGAGGUUCACCUACUGGCACCCCUUCGAGCCCAACAACUUCCGCGACAGCCUGGAAGACUGUGUGACUAUCUGGGGACCGGAAGGGAGGUGGAACGACAGCCCGUGCAACCAGACCCUGCCGUCCAUCUGCAAAAAGCCCGGUCGGGUGAGCCAAGAGAAGGAUGAGGAUGACCACGGGUGCCGAAAGGGCUGGAAGUGGCACAGCCCCUCCUGCUUCUGGCUGGGCGAGGACCGUGUGCCCUACAGUGACGCCCGUAAGAUGUGCUCCGACUAUGGCUCCACGCUGGUCACCAUCACUAACAGGUUUGAGCAGGCCUAUGUCAGCAGCCUCAUCUACGGCUGGGAUGGGGAGUAUUUUUGGACAGCACUGCAGGACAUCAAUGAGACAGGCGCUUUCCGCUGGCUGAGCGGUGACGAGGUCAUGUACACCCACUGGAACCGCGACCAGCCCGGUUACAACAAGGGUGGCUGCGUGGCCCUGGCCACCGGCAGCUCAGUGGGGCUGUGGGAGGUGAAGAACUGCAGCACCUUCAAGGCCAAGUACAUCUGCCGGCAGAACCUGGGCACCCCGGUCAACCCCGAGCUGCCCAGUCCCUACCCCACACCCAGCCUUGCCACCACCUGCCCCCCAGGAUGGAGCUCCGAUGCCAAGCUCCGUCACUGCUACAAGGUGUUCAACUUUGAAAAAUUGCAAGAGAAGAAGACGUGGAUUGCGGCUCAGGAGUUUUGCCGGGAGCUGGGAGCCCAGCUGCUCAGCCUGGGCAGUUACGAGGAGGAGCAUUUCGUCGCCAACACCCUCAACAAGAUUUUCGGGGAGUCGGAGCCGGAACUCCACGAGCAGCACUGGUUCUGGAUCGGCCUGAACCGGCGGGACCCCGCAGGGGACAGGAGCUGGAGGUGGAGCGACGGGCUGGGGUUUUUCUACCACAACUUUGACCGCAGUAACUACGAUGAUGAUGACAUCCGGACCUGCGUGGUGCUGGACCUGGCCUCCCUGCAGUGGAUGCCAAUGCAGUGCGAAGCCCAGCUGGACUGGAUCUGCAAACUACCUAAAGGGGCCGAUGUGAAGGAGCCGGAGAUCACGACCCAAGGCAGCAAAGAGUGGUUGAAGUACCAGGAGGCUGAGUACAAGUUCUUCGAGCACCACUCAACAUGGGUGCAGGCUCAGCGCAUCUGCAGCUGGUUCCAGGCGGAACUGGUGUCGGUGCAUGGCGAGGCUGAGCUGCGCUUCCUGGGCCAGAACCUGAAGAAGUUCUCCAGGGGCCAGGAGCAACACUGGUGGAUCGGGCUGCACACCUACGAGAACGACGGGAGGUUCAAGUGGUCUGACGGGUCCCUCCUCAACUUCAUCUCCUGGGCACCAGGCAAGCCCCGGCCCAUCAACAAGGACAAGAAGUGUGUGUACAUGACGGCUAGCAGAGAGGACUGGGGUGACCAGAAGUGCCUAACAGCACUGCCCUACAUCUGCAAGCGGAGCAAUGGGACGGCCGCGAAGCCUUCCCUCCCUCCGCUGCCCGCUCCUGUGAGCGGAGGCUGUCCCCAUGGCUGGUUUCCCUUCCUCAGCAAG